GAUGUGAGACUACAUGCUCUCCUCAGCUCGCCUGUUUGACUGAUUAUGUAAGUGAAUAUGGAUUUGUAAGAAAAACCCGCCUGUCCCCGCGCAAUUAGUCGACGGCAUCUAUAAACCGAGAGUGGGACGGUUGGGCGAGCCAUUCACUACAUCUGUGGAGGAGAGCUGCAGAGUCCCACGGCAUCCUACACAACACUGAGUUGUUGCAGCCAGCGAGCGUCAGUCGACUGCUAAUCUCAGUGGCGCUUCUUCCCUUCUCCCAGCAGCGGUCCAACACGCAGGAAUACCCCAGCUAGCGUCGUACACCAUGUCUCUGGACGGUUUCAUCGGCAAAUGGCAAGAGGAGUCUAAGGAAGGAUUUGACGAGUUCGCUGCCUCAAUAGGUCUUACCAGUGACAAGACGGCGUUCUACAAGAGUUCGAAAACCGUCAUCUCCUACAACAAAGACGGGGACGUUUGGAUCAUCGACGUGGGCGUGGCAGACGUCCCCAAUGGGCGACAGUUUAGGUUCAAGAUGGGGGAACCUUACGAAUCCGCCAACCUUGACGGAACGCCCAUGAAGAGCGUGAUCAAUGCGCAAGACGGGAGGUUCCUGGAGACCCACAAGAUAGCAGAGAUGGAGAACGAGAUGCAGAUCAUGAGACAGUUACAAGACUCCGGGAAGAUGCUUGUCACGACUACUUACAAGGGGAAUGUGAUGACGUCAACGUACGUGCGUGUUUGAUGGACUCAACUUGUGCUCAACUGCAACAAAUGCUGACGCAGUGUAAACACGAAUCUAUGACGUAGUGCGCAGAAAAGAUUUGAACGUUCCAUACUUUGCACACAGUGACUUUCUGGGCGCCGCGUGACGGCUGAACAUUGCUGGAUAAACGUUUCUCAUUACCGUGUGACAUUUCGCGGGGUCUACGUGGAUUGUCUCCCUUUACAGGAAGUGACGAUCCCUAGCGGUGAAACGAUCUGAGGGAGAGAACCCACUUAGCAGGUGUACACGACCGGCCCGUCAUUGGACAUGGGGAUGAAUGCUUCUUCAUCCUGGUGUCGACGUCCGCACAGCGCAGUCUGUGUCGUCCUCGUCAUCAUCGUCGUUGUCGUUGUUGUUGAUGUUGUUUUGUUUACGCUACAGCGUUCUGUCUUAUCGUGUGCGUGGGCUAUGGCGGACCCCUUUGUUGCCAUGGUAACGUGGACAUGGAACUUAUGUCAAGCACCUGUUCCAAGUAAAAUGCUAAUAAACUCGUCGGUCUUUACUCGUCAA